AUGAAGAGAAAGAAAGGUGGUUGUAUGAUUGAGAAGCAUGAUGGAAGUAAGCGGAAUAUAUAUUUUCCAAAGAACAGGAAAAUGAAAGCAAGUAAAUCCGUUCAGUGCAGAAAGUAUUUCAGAAAUAGAUCUCAGCUUCUUGUGCACCAAAGAAUAAGGAGAGAGGUGAAACCUGAACACUCUGAGACCAGGCAUGAAUUCAGUCUCAGUGGAAAUCUUCAAUGGGAUCAGAAAACCCACACAGGGGAGAAACCUUUUGAAUGCUCAGAGUGUGGAAAGAGAUUCAGUCAGAGGAGGAAUCUUCAAAAUCAUCAGAGAACCCACACGGGUGAAAAACCUUUUGAAUGCUCAGAGUGUGGAAAGAGAUUCAGUGAGAGAGGUACUCUUCAACGUCAUCAGAGGACCCACUCAGGAGAAAAACGUUUUGAAUGCGUGGAGUGUGGAAAGAGAUUCAGUCUGAAUCAGAAUCUUAGAUUGCAUCGUAGAACCCACACAGGGGAAAAACCUUUUGAAUGCUCAGAGUGUGGAAAGAAAUUCAGUUUCAGUGGCGGUCUUCAAUGUCAUCAGAAAACACACACAGGGGAGAAACCUUUUGAAUGCUCAGAGUGUGGAAAGAGAUUCAGUGGGAGAGGUACUCUUCAACGUCAUCAGAGAACCCACACAGGAGAAAAACGUUUUGAAUGCUUGGAGUGUGGAAAGAGAUUUAGUAUGAACCAGAGUCUUAGAUUGCAUCGUAGAACCCACACAGGGGAAAAACCUUUUGAAUGCUCAGAGUGUGGAAAGAAAUUCAGUCAGAGUGGCGGUCUUCAAAAGCAUCAGAGAACCCACACAGGGGAGAAACCUUUUGAAUGCUUAGAGUGUGGGAAGAGAUUCAGUAUGAAUGGCAGUCUUCAACGUCAUCAGAGAACCCACACAGGGGAGAAACCUUUUGAAUGCUCAGAGUGUGGAAAGAGAUUAAGUACGAGCAGCACUCUUCAAUAUCAUCAGCGAACCCACACAGCGAAGAAACCUUUUGAAUGCUUAGAGUGUGGAAAGAGAUUCACAUGUGGGAAGAGAUUUGGUCACAGUGGCAGUCUUCAGAAGCAUCAGAGCACAUACACAGGGGAGAACCUUUUUUGA